AUGAAAACUAGAAUAAAAAAUAGUAAAGAAAUCACUAAAACUCCGCUUGAUGACAACGAGGAAGAAAAAGUUUUUCACCAAGCCAUCACCCGUUAUCAAAUAAAAAAUAAUCUUGAAGAAAGAGAAAUAGCUAACAAAUUAGGCUUAGAUAAAAAUACUGCGGCUAGACUUUUACGGGGAUAUAUAGAAAAUUUUUCUUUGGAUAGUUUGAUUGGCUAUGUGGAAAAACUACGCCUGCCUUUGCAGGAUAAAGUUUGA